AUGUCCGACACCUACCAAACCCUCUCUCCAGAGGAAGCGUCCAACAAGGCUAGAGGAUUCAAGGCGGCUAUCUCCAACCCAAACGUCUCCGACGAAGCCAAGCAACAUGCUCAAUACGUUCUCGACAACGAGCUGAAGGACGCAGGUGCCAAGCUCAGCAGCGCCGAGGGACCUGACCCGAAGAACCAAAUUCGAGGCUACAAGUCGACUCUCACCAAUCCCAACGUCUCCGACGAAGCCAAGCAGCAUGCUCAAGAAGUUCUGGCUAACGAGUUGGGCGGCGAAGACACCACCGGCAGCACUGACGAUGGGGUUGACCCCAAGAAUCGAGCUCGCGGAUACAAGGCGGCAAUGAACAACCCCAACGUCAGCGAGGAGGCCAAGAAGGCUGCUGAGGAGAAGUUGAACAACAUGUGA